GUGAGUCUGUGUAUCGGCACUAAUCACAUUUUCUUUUAUUUUUGGUAAAAGUAUUGAUCCCAUUUUUAUUUCACACAUAAACCCCUCAAAAACCCAACCAAAUCCAAAAAUGGCCUUCCGGCAACUCCGCCGUACCUUCACCACCACCACCGCCAACAAACUCCCAAUAUUAUACACCACCACAGACCCCACCACCGAUAAAACCGUCACACUGCAGCUACUUUCAUGGGGUCGCGGGUCUUCCGGCCAAUUAGGUACUGGGAAAGAAGAUUCCCAAAUAUACCCAUCACCCAUUUCAUCACUAAAUCUCUCACAAAACUCUUUCCGCCUCAUUUCAUCGUGUCGUAAUGAAAACGACGACGAUCGGUUAGAAAUCGGCGUUGCGUGUGGGCUGUUUCAUUCUGGGGUGGUGAUUGAUGGCAAGUUAUGGAUUUGGGGCAAAGGUGAUGGUGGUAGAUUAGGGUUUGGUCAUGAAAACACUGUUUUUCGACCGACGAUUAAUGAUAAUUUAAGAAAUGUGAAGAAUGUUGCUCUUGGUGGACUACAUUCUGUUGCGGUUGAUUCGGCUGGUGAUGUUUUCUCAUGGGGUUAUGGCGGGUUUGGUGCUCUUGGCCAUUCUGUUUAUACUAGAGAACUGUCUCCAAAAAGAGUAGAAGGCAAUUGGGAGGGAAAGAUUGCUCAAAUUGCAACUAGUGGCACACACACUGCUGCAAUCACUGAAGCAGGUCAACUAUAUAUUUGGGGACGAGAUGAAGGGGAAGGCAGACUUGGGCUUGGUCCUGGUCGUGGUCCAAAUGAAGUUGGUGGACUCAGUAUACCUUCCAAAGUGAAAGUAUUACCAGUUCCUGUUAUUUCUGUUGCGUGUGGUGGUUUCUUCACUACAGUGAUUGCUGAUGAUGGCCAAUUGUGGAGCUGGGGUGCAAACUCAAAUAAUGAGCUUGGAAGAGGUAAUCGAGUAGGCGGUUGGAAACCUCAACCUAUCCCUGGUCUGGAGAGUGUCCGUAUUGUUCAAAUAACAAGUGGUGGAUAUCACUCUCUUGCUUUAACUGAUGAAGGUCGGGUACUAUCUUGGGGCUAUGGUGGACAUGGACAGUUGGGGCACUUUUCUACACAGAAUCAGCCUGUUCCCUUGGUUAUCGAGUCUCUAGCUUCUGAGAAAGUUGUUCAUAUUGCUUGUGGAGGUUCCUCAUCAGCCGCUGUAACUGAUGAUGGUAAGUUGUACAUGUGGGGAAAUGCAAAGGAUGGUCAACUAGGGGUUCCCGGUGUACCAGAGAUACAACCUUUUCCUAUAGAAGUUAAGUUCCUUAAUGAUGAUGAUGUUUUGGGUUCCCACAAGGUUCUUUCGGUAGCUGUUGGUGCAUCACAUGCUCUUUGCUUGGUUUCAAGGUAGCUCUUAGCAUAUCUUCAUGCGGUUCAUAAAGACUCAACCAAUGGCACAAAAUGGUAAUCACAAGAAUGUUGUUUUAGAUUUGUCAGCACCUUUUUACGCCCUAAUGAGCAAUAUCAUACCUCACCUUCCAACAUUAUUUAUCGCAGACUUUUGAAAAAGGAAGUUUACUAGUUUAGCACUCUAUGUUGCUCUUGAAUCUCAUUUUGUCGUCACAAUUCAACUAGAAGGACAAAAUAGGCAGUUUUUGGGCUUGGCAUUGUACUUAUUAGAGUUCCUGAAAAUGUAUUAUACAUUCCAUGGAGACGCUAUCAGUAAACAAUAAUUACUCUGUUGGAAGUAAAUGGUUAUAAUGACGUUG